AAAUAUUUGUGGAUCAAAUAUCUAAAUCAAAGAAACCUAGACAGAAAUUUUACCUUUCCCUACCUAAAAUGAAUUUCUAGAGAGAGGGGGGAAGGCGUAAGAAUUUGUUCCAUUUGAGCACACAAAGAUUUGUUCGUACGCAUCUCACCCAGCUCUUAAAAGCAUCUUUCCUUUGACAAUUGUAGGACACAUUGGGAGAAAGAACAUUGUAACCACAUAUGUGAGAGAGAAGCACGUCAAAGAGACAGAGAAUUCCAUUUUUUCAUACAACCAAGAGCGAGAUGUACAAUUCCAGAUCUUAAAGAGUGGGAGAGUACAUUUACAAUUGGAAAGCUUGUACUGAAAGAGACAGAGAAUAUUUUACAACUCUCAAGAUCAGAGACAGAGAGAGAGAAAUUAUAUAUUGCACAAACUCCUCGACCAUUGUUGAGAAAGUAAGAAUUUGAAAGCUUAUAUAGCUGAGAGUUCGAUAAAGUUCAGAAGAGGAUCUGCAAAAUAUAGCAUUGCAAAAGCAGGAAGAAAUAAAUUUCUUCCUUCCUGCUGCUUAAGACGUCUGUAUUUGCAGGAAGUAUUGUAAUAUGUUGGGAAAGAAGGCAGGUGUCCUCACUUUAUUUGAUGUUGAUGGGACACUUACACUUCCAAGAAAGGAAGUGACUCCAAAGAUGUUAGAAUUCAUGCAGAGGCUCAGAGAGGUUGUAACAGUGGGUGUUGUCGGAGGAUCUGACUUGGUAAAAAUAUCUGAGCAACUUGGCAAGACAGUGAUAAGUGACUACGAUUAUGUCUUUUCUGAAAAUGGGCUGAUUGCUCACAAGGAUGGAAAGCAUAUUGGUACCCAGAGCUUGAAAUCAUUCCUUGGGGAAGAUAAACUCAAGGAAUUGAUUAAUUUUACACUUCAUUAUAUUGCCGACUUGGACAUCCCGAUAAAAAGAGGAACCUUCAUAGAGUUCCGAAGUGGAAUGCUUAACGUGUCACCAAUAGGGCGAAACUGCAGUCAUGAAGAAAGAAAUGAGUUUGAGCAGUAUGAUAAGGUUCACAAUGUACGUCAAAAGAUGGUAGCCAUUCUCCGAGAAAAGUUUGCACACCUUAACCUUACCUUUUCAAUUGGAGGACAAAUUAGCUUUGAUGUCUUCCCCAAUGGCUGGGACAAAACAUACUGCUUAAGGUACCUAGAUGACUUCCAAGAGAUCCACUUCUUUGGAGACAAAACUUACAAGGGAGGAAAUGACUAUGAGAUUUUCGAAUCGGAAAGGACGAUUGGCCACACAGUGACAUGCCCUGAUGAUACUCUGAAGCUGUGCACAGAACUAUUCCUUCGCAAUUUGGAGGAAGCCUCAAUUUAUAAUCCAUGAUUUUAUUCUUGACACAUCAUAGACUGAAUUUUUUUCAUUAUUAUAUAUGCUUCUUGAUAGAGAUGAUUCAAAAGUGAACAAUGUAUUAAAUUUACUUCCUCAUGAAUGCAAAAAGAACAGGUAAGCAUAAUUAGACA